AGAAGAGUCAGCAUUGUAAACACAGGGAUAUGGCUGACGAGAGGGGUGGAGGCGAAGACAACAUAAACGACAACAUGGGGAACCAGUUACAACUUUUACCAGACAAUGAGGAAGAGGAGGAGGAAGAUGACAUGGAGACUGAAGACCGAGAUAGUGAGGAGGCAGAGAAACCCAGCAUCAUCACCUUUGACCCCAGCCUUCCCACAUCACAUGCUUAUCUGGGUUCAGACAUGGAGGAGUUUCACGGCCGUACGGUCCACGAUGACGACAGCUGUCAGACCAUUCCUGUGCUGCCACACACGGCUGUGAUGCUGGUGCCGGGCCAGACGCUGCCUCUGCAGCUCUUCAGGCCACAGGAGGUCAGCAUGAUGAGGAGCGUCAUCCAAAGAGACCGCACCUUUGCUGUACUUGCACACAGUGAUGCAGGUGAGCCGGAGGCAGAGUUUGGGACAACAGCUGAAAUCUAUGCAUACCGGGAGGAGCAGGAGUAUGGCAUUGAAACAGUCAAAGUGAAAGCUGUGGGGAGGCAGAGAUUCAAGGUCCACGAGAUAAGAACUCAAGCAGAUGGGAUCAGACAAGCCAAAGUACAGAUCCUCCCAGAACGAAUCCUUCCAGAUCCCCUCUCUGCCGUGCAGCUAACACCCCUCUCCAGGCUGCACAUGCACCCUUCAUCCAAACCCCCAACUCAGAGCUGCAAACAGGCCCAGUGCUGGUGGAAUAACUACCAACAGAGGAAGUUUCACUGUGCCAGUCUGACGCCAUGGCCACCCUGGGUCUAUGCACUCUAUGACUCUGAGUCGCUCAUGAACAGAGUGAAGAAACAGCUCCACGAAUGGGAUGAGAACCUGAAGGAUGACUCUCUCCCUACCAACGCCAUAGACUUCUCCUACAGAGUGGCGGCUUGCCUACCCAUAGAUGACGCUCUGCGGCUCCAGCUGCUGAAGAUCGGCAGUGCCAUCCAGAGACUUCGCUGUGAACUGGACAUCAUGGACCGGUGCACAUCGCUGUGCUGUAAGCAGUGCCAGGACACAGAAAUCACCACAAAAAAUGAGAUCUUCAGCUUGUCUCUGUACGGCCCCAUGGCUGCCUACGUCAACCCUCAUGGUUACGUACAUGAAACCCUGACUGUCUACAAAGCCAACAACCUCAACCUAGCCGGCAGGCCAUCCACACUGCACAGCUGGUUUCCAGGGUACGCCUGGACUAUCGCUCAGUGCCGAACCUGCGGGUCUCACAUGGGUUGGAAGUUCACUGCCACCAAGAAAGACUUGUCUCCACCUCGUUUCUGGGGUCUGACCCGUUCAGCUAUGCUCCCCCGUAUCCCCCAGGGCGAGGCGGAGGAGGGGAGGGAGGGCUCUCGCCUCUUCUGCCUGUGAUGUCGGACCAUCAACCCAGCGAAAACCCCCCCCAAGCCUGGAUCUUCAGCAACUCUCUGGCUGCGAUUACUUUUAGUAAUCAAUGCAUCACACACCCGCCUGUCACCCCUGGCAGCAAAUCCAUCAUAUUAGUGAAAAGGUCAUUCGGCCUUUAAAUGGCACUCGACGAGCAAAUUAGGGCAGGAUGGAAGCAGUGAUUGUUUUUAAAGGUUCUUAAGAUGUGGAGGCAGUGGUGAGACGACUCCGUGCAGUGUGAGAAAGUGAGAAAGAAAUGAAUAAUAACAGAUUGACAUGUGGCAACAUCCUAGCAUGCAGCUCCCCUGUCCAGCUGUUUUCUUGGUAGCUGCAGACACAAACACACAGAUACACACAGAAACACAAAAGCUACGCUUAAAUGCAUAAUUUCCCCUCAGCUCCUUUUCUCCAUGUAAUGGAGAGCGACUGCAUGUAGUUGAGAAAGAUUUGUUGUAAAACCAAGCAACCAGUUAACAUACAGUAAAUUCACUUUGCAUUCAGAUCCUUUGUGUGUUUCGCAGAUAGGUUUUCUGUCAUUUCAGCUGUCAUAGGUCAGAGGAGGAGGCUGUUUGGAUGGAAGUGCACUCAUGUAUGUGUAGAUCUGUCAUGAUAUGGGAUAUUUUGAAUCUGGGAAUUAAAUUGGAUGUAUUUUUGUAUGCGAGGAGAUAGGAAAUUAAUUUAAGAAGCUCAUUCAUGUGUGAAGAAAUAGUGCUUUUCUAUUAUCACGCCAGUUUUUGUGUAAUAAACAAAAAAACUGAGGUGAAAAGAAUGAUAAUGUGUAAUAGUGAUAUAAUCUGUGUUUUGUAUUCAACUAAAGCUCAUUGUCUUGUCAGAUGAUGUGCUUCAGGAAACAAGUGUUAUCUCUGGUUGCACAUCUGAAAAUUUGGGAUGUCUCGGUGCCUCAUGGCAGACUGUUUUUUUUUUUUUUUUUAAAGGUCAAAGUUAAUGAAGACAGAGCGAGAGGAGUGUUUACCCUUCUUCAUGUAGAUUGUUCAUGUUUUGUGGCAUGUUAAAAUUGUGUGCCUACACUCCAGCUCUUUGUCUUUUGAUACAUUUGAUGAAGCAGUGAACUGCAGACGUGAAUGAACGAUUGUAAGUGGCAAAGCUUUGAUGAGACUUUGAAUUUUUUUUUUUUUAGGAUUCUCUUUGGUUUGUAGUCUCACAGUUUUCAGGACUUUACUUCUUGCGAUUUUUGUUGCAAGGUGCUGGCUCACGUUUGUAUAAAUGUAACUGUAAAUAAGAGGCUAUUAUAGCAUUUGUUGUGUAAAAUAACUGGUGUUCUACUGUUUGUAGAAUUUGACUCUUAUUUCUCAUAUCUCUUCAUGCCACAGAGAAUUGGUGGACAAAAAUCUCAUCAAUAAGCAGAGUAACUGAACGUAAUAAGGAAACGUCUAGAAUCUGAGGGUGUCGGUCUGUCUGGUGAAAUGUUUUUGGAUAUUUUCUUAAAGGAAUAGUGUGACAUUUUAGGAAAUUCAAAGCUGUUUGAUUUUUCACAGAGAGUUAGAUGACAAGAUUGGUACCAUAUCGUUAGGAUAAAUAACUAAUAACAUCUUACUCGUUAUUGUCAUGGCUGAACCACAAUGUCAUGUGGAUCUACAGUUUUGAGUUGCACUGACACUCAAUAAGAACAUAACUUGACUUUUUCAUUUCGCGCACAGCUUGUUUUGAUCUUUUCACUGAUCUUCAUAUUCAUGUGGUAAUACCUCAAAAAUGAGAAAAUGUGAGCUUCGUCAGGAAAGAGUUCUCACAUUUCCAGGCUUUUACUUAUAAUUCUCAAGGCGGAUGUCAUAUCACCACAUCAUUUUGCUUCAUUAAAGACAGGUUUUUCACCAUGAGAAUUGCUCAUAAAAUCUGAAACCCUGUGCAGCGCCUCUAAGUAUAAUCUCUGUCAUAUCACUUACUCAUUGUUUGCCAGGUUGCCAGACUUCCAUUCAUCCCCAACAAUAAAAUAGAUGCUUCACUGAAGAAAUCAAUGGGCCUGGUUCCAAAGAGGGCCUUUGCUUGUUUUUCCAUGACACUCAUUGUACCACAGAGUAAAAUAAACAUUCAGUUAUCCUGUGA